AUGGUGGGGGCGUUGCUUCAAGGGAAAAAGACAAAAAAGAAAGAGCAAAUUCGGUGCUGCAGAACUGAAGUUAUUCGAGCGAAUUCAAUAGGUUUUACCAACUUGCAGCAAAUCAUAUUCAUGGGUUGGUUCACUAAAUUGCUCAAGGGAUCCAACCGUAAAUAUUCUGGAGGAAGAUAUCAUGGGAAAUAUGGAGAUGACAGAUAUUCAGACAAUCGUGAUAAUUCAGCGGAUGAUUUGACAGAAAUUGAGAAAGAAGAAAUUGAUCGGGCAAUAGCACUCUCUCUUUCAGAGGCAGACCAGAAAGGGAAAAAAGUUAUUGAGGAGGACUCUGAAUCUGAAGAUGAUGAACUGUGUCCACUUGAUGAUGAGGAGGACAAAUGUGUUGAAGUUCAGCAAGAUGAAGAUGACCAUCAUGCUAAAAUUCAACAGGACGAAGACAAAAAUCUUGAUGAAGUUCAACUUGAGGAAGAUGAACAACUUGCCAGGGCAAUUGAAGAAAGUUUGAGCAUUAGUUCUCCUCCUCGAUCUGACACUGAUUCUUUAUUUCAACCUUUUGCACACUUAUUCCCACCUGUAUACAGAAUCUGUGCUGGCUGCAAUGCCGAGAUUGGCAGUGGAAGAUUUUUGAGUUGCAUGGGGGGUUUUUGGCAUCCUGAAUGUUUUUGUUGUCAAGCUUGCAAACUUCCAAUCACUGAUUAUGAGUUUUCUAUGUCUGGGAAUCGCCGUUAUCAUAAAUCCUGCUAUAAGGAGUUGCAUCAUCCGAAAUGUGAUGUUUGCCAUAACUUUAUCCCACCAAAUUCAGCUGGCCUAAUAGAGUAUAGAGCACAUCCUUUCUGGUUACAAAAAUAUUGUCCAUCGCAUGAACGUGACGGUACUCCUCGUUGUUGUAGCUGUCAAAGAAUGGAGUCAGUGGAUGCUAAAUAUCUGUUGCUUGAUGAUGGCCGAAAGCUGUGUCUGGAGUGUCUUGACUCAGCUAUCAUGGAUACUCAUGAAUGCCAACCUCUCUAUGUUGAGAUACAAGAAUUUUAUGAAGGUUUACAUAUGAAGAUAGAGCAGCAAAUUCCUAUGCUUUUGGUUGAGAGACAAGCACUGAACGAAGCCAUGGAGGGAGAGAAGAAUGGCCAUCACCACUUACCUGAAACUAGAGGACUUUGCUUGUCUGAAGAGCAAACUAUUCCCACUAUUUUAAGGAGACCAAGGAUUGGAGCAGGAUACCAGCUCAUAGAUAUGAUCACUGAGCCUUUUAGACUGAUCCGUCGAUGUGAAGUGACAGCCAUACUUGUUUUGUAUGGCCUACCCAGGUUAUUGACUGGAUCAAUCCUGGCUCACGAAAUGAUGCAUGCGUGGCUUAGACUUAAAGGCUAUGGAAAUCUGAAGCCAGAAGUUGAAGAGGGAAUUUGCCAAGUCUUGGCUCAUAUGUGGUUAGAUUCAGAGAUCUAUUCCAGCUCUGGGAAUGAAGGUGCAUCAUCGUCAUCUUCAUCUUCAUCUUCAUCAUCCUCUUCCUCACCUUCAUCCUCUUCAUCAUCUAAGAAGGGUAAACGUUCUGACUUUGAGAAGAAACUUGGUGAAUAUUUCAAACAUCAGAUUGAGUCAGAUAGCUCAUCAGCUUAUGGAGAUGGAUUCAGAGAGGGUAACCAGGCAGUGCUCAAGUAUGGGCUUAAAAGGACCCUUGACCAUAUUCGAAUGACUGGAAGUUUUCCAUAUUGA